UAAGAAUUCUGAAGGUUUUUUGUUUUUGUGUUUUGUUUUUUAAUAUAUAUUGAGUUGAGUUUCAAGCUUUACAGAUAUAUAGGAAUUCUCUAUUCAAGGUAGUGGAGGGUAAGAUAUUAGAUGGUAUUAGAAAACUUCUACCAGUGACAGUUUAGGAAUAACAAAAUGGGUCAGUUAUGUUGCUGCUUGCAAGUAGAUCAGGCAACAGUGGCCAUGACAGAGAGAUUUGGGCGGUUUCAGGACGUGCUGGAGCCAGGGUUGCACUGUGUGCCUUGGAUUUUUGGAACCCAAGUCAGUGGUCAUCUUUCCUUAAGAGUACAGCAACUGGAUGUCCGCUGUGAAACAAAGACCAAGGAUAAUGUUUUUGUGACUGUGGUGGCCUCUGUUCAAUACCGUGCCCUUGUGGAAAAGGCCAGUGAAGCUUUUUAUAAGCUAAGUGAUACAAGAGGACAAAUUCAGGCCUAUGUAUUUGAUGUUGUCCGUUCAACUGUUCCAAAGAUGAAUUUGGAUGAUGCCUUUGAGCAAAAGAGUGAGAUUGCUAAAGCUGUUGAAGAUGAACUUGAGAAGGCCAUGUCAAACUAUGGAUAUGAGAUAGUGCAAACACUUAUUGUAGAUAUAGAACCUGAUGUGCUUGUUAAGAGAGCAAUGAAUGAAAUAAAUGCAGCUGCAAGAAUGAGGGUGGCAACACAAGAAAAAGCAGAGGCAGAGAAAAUUUUACAAAUCAAAAGAGCAGAAGGAGAAGCAGAAUCAAAAUAUCUUUCAGGACUUGGAAUUGCUAGGCAAAGGCAAGCAAUUGUGGAUGGGCUGAGAGAGAGUGUACUUGCUUUUUCAGGGAAUGUGCCUGGCACAACUGCAAAGGAUGUGAUGGAUAUGGUGUUGGUGACACAGUAUUUUGACACAAUGAAAGAGAUUGGAGCAAAUUCCAAAUCUUCAGCUGUCUUCAUACCCCAUGGACCUGGUGCAGUUCGUGAUGUUGCUCAGCAGAUCAGAGAUGGAUUGCUUCAGGGAUCAUUUGCUCAUGAGUAAUUGUCCUCUUCUUCUGUCAAUAAAAGAGCCAUAAUAAUCAAGUUUGUGGACAUGAUAAAUAUUCUUUUGAGGAUUUCAAAAGCAUGGCUCCAAGCUUUCCUUAUUUUUAAUGUCAAUAUUUUUUUGGUGCCUUCUACAAUUAUUGAUUAUAUCAAUAUGUCAAUAGACAUAGCCUGUUUUAUAGAUUAUAUUGUUACUUCAUCUUGUAUCAUGAAAUGCCGAUUUUAGAAAAUUUGUAUAUCAUUUGUGACUUUACAUCCACUAUAUUUGGAGGCUAUGAAUGUUAUGAUUGUAUUGUGAAAUAUAUGAAGAAAUAAAUGUGUAAAAUUAUAGCU